CGCGGCUGUCGCCCCGGGCUAGGCGGCUCUCGCAUCCCUUCUGGCUCCGCAGUGGUCUGACGUGAUGGCGCCUCAGCGGAGGGGACCAGCCAGAGCUCCCGAAGGCAGAAGCGCGUCCGACCGUCGGCGCGCGAGCAGCACCAAGAAGGACCGGCUGCCUCGGGAGGCACGGAGGACAUGGCUAAAGACCGUGGCCCUUGGGGUUGGCAUUGCGCUGGUCAUACUCCUGCUCUGGAGCAGUCUCGGGACUGAUGAUGGUGUCGCUGAAGUCCUGGCCCGCCGUGGUGAGGUCUUAGAAGGCAGGUUCAUUGAGGUUCCCUGUUCUGAGGACUAUGAUGAUCACCGAAGGUUUGAAGGCUGCACCCCUAGGAAGUGUGGCAGAGGUGUCACCGACAUGGUCAUCACCAGGGAGGAGGCGGAGCGAAUUCGCAGCAUAGCAGAGAAGGGGCUCUCCCUGGGUGGAUCCGAUGGAGGGGCAUCUAUCCUGGACUUGCACUCUGGGGCUCUGUCUGUUGGGAAGCACUUUGUGAACUUGUACAGAUACUUUGGGGAUAAAAUACAAAAUAUCUUCUCUGAGGAGGACUUCCAAUUAUACCGGGAUGUGCGGCGGAAGGUCCAGCUUACCAUUGCUGAAGCUUUUGGCAUCAAUGUGUCCUUGCUGUACCUGACGAAGCCCACGUUCUUCUCUCGUAUAAACAGCACGGAAGCCCGCACAGCUCACGAUGAGUACUGGCACGCACAUGUGGACAAGGUGACCUAUGGCUCCUUUGACUACACCUCACUGCUCUACCUGUCAGACUACCUGGAAGACUUCGGUGGAGGACGCUUUGUGUUCAUGGAGGAAGGGUUCAACAAGACAGUGGAACCCAGAGCUGGUCGAGUCUCCUUCUUUACCUCGGGCUCUGAGAACCUGCACCGGGUGGAGAAGGUCCUCUGGGGCACCCGCUAUGCCAUCACCAUCGCUUUUACCUGCAACCCUGACCAUGGCAUCGAGGACCCGGUGCUCACGUAGCCAGCCAGGUCGGGCCCUGAGGACCACGUCUGGAGGGCCAUUCAUGGCACUCUGGUGUUGGGACGUGUGGAGGGAGGCACUCUUGGAUGCGUUGCGCGUGCACCCUUCCCCCAUUUCUGCCCUUUGCCACUGCAGAGUGCCUUAUGAAUUAGCCCGAAGUUUAAUCUGCUGAUGUGUUUUAGUCUUUUCAUCUGUGAGUAAAUUAAUGAAGGAGUUUCUCA